UGCUGAUCCGAGGCCAGGAGCCAGGUGCUUCUCCUGGUCUCCCAUGUUUUAAUUUCCACCAUGGCCAUCACUGAGUUUCGGUUAUUUAAAGUUUGUACCUGCCUAGCAACAGUAUUCUCAUUCCUAAAGAGAUUAAUAUGCAGAUCUGGCAGAGGAAGGAAAUUAAGUGGAGACCAAAUAACUUUGCCAACUACAGUUGACUAUUCAUCAGUUCCUAAGCAGACUGAUGUUGAACAGUGGACUUCCUGGGAUGAAGAUGCACCUACAAGUGUAAAAAUUGAAGGAGGAAAUGGGAAUGUGUCAACACAGCAAAAUGCAUUGGAACAACUGGAACCUGACUAUUUUAAAGACAUGACACCAACUAUAAGGAAAACUCAGAAAAUCGUUAUUAAGAAAAGAGAACCAUUGAAUUUUGGCAUCCCAGACGGUAGCACAGGUUUCUGUAGUAGAUUAGCAGCUACACAGGAUAUGCCUUUUAUUCAUCAAUCUUCUGAAUUAGGUGAUUUAGAUACCUGGCAAGAAAAUACCAAUGCAUGGGAAGAAGAGGAAGACGCGGCAUGGCAAGUAGAAGAAGUUCUGAGGCAGCAGAAAAUAGCAGACAGAGAAAAGAGAGCAGCAGAACAACAAAGGAAGAAAAUGGAAGAGGAAGCACAGUGGCUAAUGAAAAAGGAACAAAACAAAAUUGGUGUGAAACUUUCACAACGGUUCUUCAGACGUCAUAGUGCCAGUACGGGAGCCGCAGCUGCUGCACCAGAGGCCGCGCCGACAGUGGACAAGGUUGAAAGGAGUCAGCUGAGGGAAAGGGUAGAGGAACCGGCGGCGGCACCCAGCCCCGCGUCCUCAGCGAGGACCCGCCAACUGCCAGGAAACAUUCUUAAAACUACAAUUUACCAAAGCAGACUAAAAAAUAAAUGA